AUGUACGAGCACACGCUGAAGAAACAGACCCUUCUCAAGCAGCACAGCUACCAUCUCAAGAUCAUGUGGGAGUGCAAUUGGGAUCGGGAGGUCAACACCAACGAGGCCCUCCAACGAUUCUUGGCCACCUACCAGAAAGUGGACCCCCUAGAACCGCGCAAUGCCUUCUUCGGUGGCAGAACCAAUGCCGUACGUCUUUACCACCCCGUCGACCAGAGCCAGGGCGAACAAAUCAAAUACGUGGACGUGACUUCCCUGUACUCGUGGGUCAACAAGACUUGCGAAUACCCUGUUGGACAUCCCGAGAUCCUCACCAACCCCACCGACCAAGACAUCCACCACUACUUUGGCAUGGCCUACAUCGACAUCCUUCCACCUCCACACCUUUACCAUCCCGUGCUACUGCAUCGCCCGGCCGGUAAACUCACCUUUCCUCUGUGCCGCUCCUGCGUCCAAGACCAAAUGCCACUUCUUCAGCUGGACAAAUUGUGGUGGUGCUCACACACGGAGACUCAGCACGCCUUGCGCAGAACUUGGUGCACACCCGAAAUUCAAGAAGCUGUUCGACACAGGUACAUCGUCCUGCACAUUCACAAGGUGUGGCAUUUUCCCCCAAAGAAAAGACGCAAGGGUCUCUUUUCCGACUACGUCAACAGCUGGCUAAAAAUGAAACAAGAAUCUGCCAGGUACCCUGGCUGGUGCCUCACCCCCAACGACAAAUUACACUACGUGCGCCAAUACAAAGAACGAGAAGGCAUCGCCCUCGACACCGCCAUGAUCCAAAAAAAUCCCGGCCAGAAAGCCACGCCCAAACUGAUGCUCAACUCCUUCUGGGGCAAGCUCGGAGAAAACCUCCACAAGAAACACACCAAAACCGCCCCAUUGCCAGCUGAACUCUUCGAUUACCUAGACCUGUGCGACAACCAAAGCGAUAACGGGCGCGUCAACAUCUUCGUGGCCGCCUUCACCGCCUGCUGGGCCCGUCUCAAGCUCUAUUCGUAUCUCGACCAACUGAAGCAACAAGUGCUGUACUUUGACACCGAUUCCAUUGUCUACUCCCACAAACCCGGUCAAGCCAACAUUCCCCUAGGCGACUACCUGGGUGACAUGACCAACGAGCUGGACGCUGAGGAUUACAUUGUCGACUUCACUUCGGCGGGACCCAAAAAUUACGGCUACAAGACGAAACUCGGCAAAGUCUGCUGCAAAGUGCGAGGGUUCACUCUCAAUGUGCGUGGCUCCCAACAACUCAACUAUGACAUCAUGAGAGAAAACCUACUGGAAGACUUGACCAAUCCGCUUGACCAAUGA